CUAGUCUUUAUUGAAUCUGGUUUAUCAGCUUGCCUUUUCUUUUUAGGUCAUUUGAAAUUGGCAAAAACUAAUUUGAAAUCACAAUUGUGUUAUUGUCAAGAUGGGGUAGUGUUUGUGCUAUCUGGGUUUGUCAAUCCCGAGCUUAGUAUUUUGCAAUCGCUGACUUUGGAGAUGGGAGCUGAGUACCGGCCUGACUGGAACUCAGGUUGCACACUCUUAGUUUGUGCAUUUUCUAAUACCCUGAAGUUUCGACAAGUUCAGGCUGAUUGUGGGACUAUUGUUUCAAAGGAAUGAAUAUCGAAAUGUCAUUCACAGAAGAAACUUCUUGACAUUGAUAGUUACCUGAUGCAUGCUGGGAAACCAUGGCGUAGAAGCAGUGUUGUGCAUGAAGCCAGUAAAGAAUCAAAAGAAUCCCCACCUAGAGGAUCUCAGAAGAAAGAUGGAGGAUCCACUCUAACAACUGCAGCAGCUGUUUUGAAGAACAAGGAUUCUAAUCUUGCCAAAGCACACUUGUCUCCUUCCAAAGUGAAGAAAUGGGCAAUUGAUGAUUUGGACAAUACAAUUUCCUGGCUGGAGAGUCAAGAAGAAAAACCAGAGCUGAGUGAGAUAAAGAAAAUAGCAGCUGAAGGGAUUUUAACUUGUUUGCAAGAUGCCAUUGAUGCUCUUGAACAAAAGCAGGUAAUAUUGAAAAUAACUGAAGAAUGGAAAUUCGUCCCUCGAGUGGUGAAAGAGCUAGCAAAACUGGAGGAAAUGGGAGACAAUGGCGCCUCGAUAUCAAAGGGAGAUCUUUACAGGCAAGCUAUGGAGUGCAAAAGGGCUUAUGAGGUGGAAUUUGGUAGUUUAGAAAAUUAGAAGAUGAUGAGAAAAAGAAAAAGCCCAAGACUAAUGAACAAAAGAGAGGCCAAAGAGGGACUGGGGGCACCAGAGGAGAUAGAUCUUUCAUACAAUACUGUAUCUUCUAAGCUCCAUAAAUAUUAACUCAGUUACUGGACUCUCUCUUCUUAAGGAAGAAAGUCAGUAUUUUUGCUCAAAUUUCCUUGUCGUUUUUUAAUUUUUUGAAUGAAUAUAUUGUCGUUUUCUUACC